AUGUCUGCUGGCCAUCUCAUUGGCUGGGAUGGAAUGGGAGUCCAAGGUCAGUUUAACCUGCCACUAGGGGGCAAUCUUUCUAAAUAAAUUACAGUACAUGCCUGGUUUCAAUAUGUAGGAGAAAUAGAGAAGUGAGGUGUAAUUUAAAUUAACUUCAAUUUUAUUAUGUAAGUAUUUUGUAUUCAAUUUGUUUGAGGUGUUUUUCGUGAGCCUCUAACUAUGUCUCUAGCUAUGUCUUGUGGUGCAUUGUGUUUGAAGUGAGUGUUCUUUACCAACUACAGUCCCAGGUUCCCUUCUUAUUUGUCAUCUUUGUGCCCUUGGCUAAUUACAUAGUUGGGACCAUUCUUUGGCUUGUUCUCCAUCUUCUUCGCCUCAGCAACAGAGAUCCUGGCAGGAGCCAAUAUCUCUGGGGACCUAAAGGCAGGUUCCUCUGAUCUCUCUAGGAAUGUCUACUGUAUCUUCUCCUCACUCUAGGAGGGGAGGCUCUGGAUGAAAGGGAGAUGGGAUGUUCAAUUCAAAUGCUGCAUUUGUUUAUCAGGCUUAUUAAAACAAAUGUUUGACUGUUCACUAGUCAUUAUAUAUUUUCCUCAACAUCCCCUUCUCUACACAAAAUAGGACCCAACAAUAGUAUGCAGAACCCUAUUCGUAUACAGAACCCUACCAUCCUCAGUUCCUCCUUAUUCCAUGAUGACCUUCCUGUGAACCAUCCACUACUUCGCCUCAUCUCCCAGUCACGCCAUUCCAUCCUAUCAGUCGUUGCAUCAAGUACCAUGUCCUGUUGCUGGACAGCCUGGAGAUGCUUCCAGCGUUUCCAUACCAUCUAUCACCUGCCUUUUCCCUCCAACAACUUGGUCACCAUGUCUGCCUUCAUCACCCAUGCCAGCUCAUCCCUCUCCAUGUAGACAUCCUCCAAUCCGGACAUACCUGGCCGGGAUCAACUUCUUUCUCAAGUUGCUUACUGGGUCUCUAUGUUCCUCCUCCUCUCACCCGCAAGUCUCCCUUCUCCUCAAGGGCCUCCAACACACCGAAGUCCGACACCCCCUCGCUGCCAGCCCAUCACACUCGACAUCCUGUCUGCCUGCAUCCAGACUCUGUGGUCUGGUUACAUCUCCAUCACAGUCUUUUCCACACUAGAUUAAAUGUUUCUUUGGGGUUUUUGGGAUUCCUGCUAUGUUCGGAGUUUACAUCCUCAUAUGCUAUCUACAACCCUUCUCGUCAUCCCAGCAGACGUCACCAUCCUCAACAAAGAUACCCUCAUCUUCACCAUCAAACACAGCAAACCUAUCAAUUUGGCAGAACCACACCAGUCUACCUGUUCCGACUACCAUCUACCAUCAGCCCUUAUGGACCACUCACCUACAUCCUGCAGUUCAGACAAUCUCAACAUGCCUCUCCAUUCGAUCCACUGUUCAUCACCAAUUCUGGUUCCAUCACCUCUCGCUAAUGGUUCCAUUCCCAUCUCAGACAAAUACUAUCCCUGUCCGGCUAUCCUGCUGACCAAUUCUCCGGACACUCCUUCCGCAUCAGAGCCUUCUCCAUGGCAUCCCGACACGGCAUCCAAGACCACACCUUACAACUCCUCAGCCACUGGUCCUCUCAAGCCUUUCAUUCCUACAUCCGCUCUGACAUCAACAACAUCAUGACAGCCCACAGCAUGUACAAAAGCUGAAGAACAAACGCACAUCCAGGUACUUUCCGCAGGUGCUGGAGUUGUAGGCAAAUUCAUGGAAAACAGAAAGGAAAACGCUGCACACUGCUGCUCAUGCUCCCAGCUCCCAGGUGAUAUUUAUUUAUAACAACGUUUCGACCAUUAGGUCUUCAUCUGGCAUCCAUAUCCCAGGUGGGGGUGGAAGGUCCUAUAUAUAGGGGCAGUUCUCAGUGACAUUACUUCCUGAAACAGGAGGUACAAAUAUAUAACAUAGGUUCACAAUAUUAACAUUCAAUGUAUCAAAAUAUAUGAUCAUACACAAGGAAUGUGAUCAAUAUUUACAGUAAUGUAUAUACACAAUAUUCAAUUAGGAUAGAAAGCACAAUAAUUUGGACAUUUUGAAACUAUAAAAACAGUUUUAAGUCAAACUCCUCAUUAAGGCCAAGAGGAGACAGUGUGUUGAGCCUGUGGAUCCAGAAAGAUUCCCUUUGAAGAAGUUUCAUCUCAGCGUCCCCUCCCCCUGCGUGACAUCUGUGACAUCUGUGACAUCUUGACCAUUUCUAUUCCAAUGUAUCUCAGAGAACUAAUAGGAUUUCCAGCUUGUACAAAAUGAACAGCAACCAGGUUUAAUGGUCUCAGCUGUCUGUAUAUUGCUGCGGUGCUCACUGAUCCGGGUCUUAAGGCUUCUACGGGGUUUCCCUAUGUAAGACAGACCACAAGGACAUUUCAACAUGUAAACAACAUUGGUGGACAUGCAGGUAAUCAGGCGUGUGAGGGGGUGAAACUGCAUUGAGCACAUUGGCCACAUUUGUAAUUACCCUCCGGAACCUUGUCCAAGAAAGUUUUCCUUUCUCUGGUGGAUAAUCAGAUUUGAACACAAUGUCUCUCACGUUUGGGGGUCUUUUAAAGACCAUACGUGGGGGAUAUUUAAUGAUGGGUUUCAAUUGUGGGUCAGUAUCAAUAAUGUACCAGUGCUUUCUAAUAAUGUCCUUAAAUGCCUUACCCAAUGGUGAGUAUUGGGUGAAGCAUGAAGGGACAUGUUUUUAUUUUUCUUUAACUUUUGGUUGAAGGCUUUCCAGCUGUGUUAGCCCUUCAAAAUGAUCAUUGGCAUGUUUUACCCAAUUGUCUUUGUACCCCCUUUCCUUAAACCUUUGUGUGAGGUCCGUGGUCUGUUUCUGAUAAGAAGCAUCAGAGCUGCAUAUUCUUCUGAUGCGACUGAAUUGACUUAUAGGGAGACUUUUAAUAAGUGGAUGUGGAUGAAAGCUGUCACCUCUAAGGAGUGUGUUCCUGUCCAUAGGUUUCCUAUAGAGAGGGAGGUUUUAUCCUUAAUAACCAUCACAUCAAGAAAACUGAUUUGGGAUAGGUCAUAGUUAAUGGUGAAACGAAGGUGUUCAUUCAUAGAGUUUAGAUAGGCAUGGAAUUCCAAGAGUUCUUCCUGGGUCCCUGUAUAGAUCACGAAAAUGUCAUCCAAAUAUCUCAGAAUUAGGAGAAUAUUGGAGAGAAAGGGGUUAAGGUCUGGAUUCAGCACCACCUGUUUUUCAAACAUUCCUAGAUAUAGGUUAGCACAAUUAGGAGCCAUAGUGCUCCCCAUCGCUAUCCUCUGUCACGAGAAUUGAUAUCUCUAAUUCAAACCUAAGCUUGAAUCAUUACCAGAGGUUGUAAGGCUCUGGUUUUAAUCAUAAAUGAUUCAAGGUCCACAACCAGCAAGAAUGAUCUGUAUUUUUAUUCAUGGAGAGCUCUGGCGCCAAAACCCAUACACUCCUGUUUUAUACCCCUUGACACACAAAGGCACUUUGCUCCGCCCACCUUUAGGAGGCUUUCUUAAACAGUUUCCACCUUUCUCCUUCACCCUGGAAUGUUUAGUCCCACCCCCCUCUGUUAGUGGGUUGACACUACAUUAUAAUUCUAACACAGUUUACACAUUUAUACUGUAUUUGGGGUGAAAUCCUUUAGUCAUUAUUCUUAAAAUAUAAAUUAAUCUAACACCUCUGAAGAGAAAAUAGUUGGAGGUUAAUUCCAGUUCAGCCAAGUCCACAAUUCAAUUGGUUCUGGGAAGAUCAUUAGGGGGACGUUCAUUGAGGUAGAACUUGAGGGCCUCUAGGCCGCCCUGAUGAGGGAUCUUAGUAUAUAGACUGGUAACAUCAAAAGUACACAGAAUAGAAUGUUCUGGUAUAUAGUCCACAGAUUUCAAGAGAUAAAAUCAAUAGAGUCUCUGGUUUACGUGGGGAGAGAGAUCGCCAAGGGUUUCACAAAAUGUACCUGAAAAUUAUAUUCUGUUUCGUGCAAGCGCGUGCACACAGAAGGUCCCGUGAAAAGACGGGCCCACCUGUGGAAAUCAAAGGCCCGUCCAAUUGAUUCGUUCUAGUGCCGGGUCUGCCUGACGGUGAUGUCUACCUGAGAAGCCAAGCCAAACCCUACAGCACGUGUCAAACUUAUUCCAAUUAAUUUGCCAAAAUUAGAUAGCCUAAUUAGCCUAAUCCUGUCUAUACAGAAAUAAAUAAAACCAUUCAAAAUAGGCUACUAAAGCAUGAUUUGGCCACAGAGGAUCAUUAGCUUCUUAAAAAAGUAAUAAUUGUGGAUUAUUUUAAAUGGCAUUGCCUACAGUUGGAAGGAAAGUCUGCACGGAAAAUAUCAGAUAGAUGAUUGUUGAGUUGCGACUCUCAGUGAAAAGUGGAGAGGCCCAGCCAGGCAUAUCGGAGAAAAACAUAGUUUGGGAAGCAAAUGGCUAUUGCUGUAAAGAGAAGACUCUAAUUUGUCUUUUAGUCACCAAAAUUCUCAACUUAAUUGAGCGAACAACACUAGCCUAUCUUGGCACCAGCCGAGAGCAUCCGCAGGCCCCGGUUAGUGCGCACUGCGCAUAUUCACUCUUUAUCAUUGUUGGGUCAGUGCCACUUAAAAUAUUGUUUAUGGACAAUAAUAUCCUCCUCCAGUUUAGAUGGAAAUCAUAUUCUAUUUGUGUCUCUCCUUCUCAUAGGCCUAUGGACAAUGUCGUUUUUAUUGAUCUAUUUGUCAGUGUCAGCAGAGUAGGCUUCCCUGUAAUUUGUAGUAUUAAAAAAUAUUCUGCUAAUGUCUCCAGUCAUAUAGUAGAAUUGCAUGAAAUGUGUUUAUAAAAGGCCGCAUUUUCCCGUGCAAAGACAGAAGAAAUGUAUCUGAUAUAGCCUAGGCCUACUCUUUGCUAUAUGCGCUCAGCAAUGCGUUGAAUAUGAUAGAGCCCCACGGUAGAGGUGUCAUAAUACCCAUAAAACCUAGUGGUCAAACAGGUAAAUGGUUCCAAUCGUUUUCCACCAUUCAUUUUUCCCAUAGGAGAUUUUAUAAACACUUAAAAUAAGGGCUGUGUUUUGUGUAGGCUUACCCUGGCGUGAUGUUUUGAUAACCAUUGUUUUGUUUUUACAUACUGGUAACCAGAGUCGUUCAAGGGAAUUCGAGACAUUGGUGACUAGUUAACGUUAGCUUGGCUCUCUCUGUGUGUUUGUGUCGUGGGAGGAGGGGUUGGUUCGUUGGCAGAGAGCAAUGGCUAGCUAGUAUGCUAACUAUUCUAGCUAACUAAAUGGCUGAAUAAGUUGACGACGUACUCACUCAAACUGUCAAAACUAAUCCAAAACUUUACACAACGUUAGACACGGACACGAAUGAUCUGUUUGGCGUGUUAACACACUGGUGGUUUGUUGUAACCGAGUAUUGGUGCUAAACCAUGUUAUUGGAGGCUGGCAUUCCCUCGACUUCUUGGCGCUGACGGAAACAUGGAUUACCACAGAAAACACUGCUACUCCUACUGCUCUUUCCUCGUCUGACCAUGUGUUCUCGCAUACCCCGAGAGCAUCUGGUCAGCGCGGCAGUGGCACAGGAAUCCUCAUCUCUCCCAAGUGGACAUUCUCUCUUUUUCCCCUGACCCAUCUGUCUAUCUCCUCAUUUGAAUACCAUGCUGUCACAGUCACUAGCCCAUUCAAGCUUAACAUCCUUGUCAUUUAUCGCCCUCCAGGUACCCUUGGAGAGUUCAUCAAUGAGCUUGACGCCUUGAUAAGUUCCUUUCCUGAGGAUGGCUCACCCCUCAGUGUUCUGGGUGACUUUAACCUCCCUACGUCUGCCUUUGACUAAUUUCUCUCUGCCUCCUUCUUUCCACUCCUUUCCUCUUUUGACCUCACCCUCUCACCGUCCCCCCCUACUCACAAGGCAGGCAAUACGCUUGACCUCAUCUUUACUAGAUGCUGUUCUUCUACCAAUCUCACUGCAACUCCCCUCCAAGUCUCCGACCACUACUUUGUAUCCUUUUCUCUCUCGCUCUCCUCCAACACUACUCACUCUUCCCCUACUCCGAUGGUAAUGUGCCGUCGCAACCUUCGCUCUCUCUCUCCUGCUACUCUCUCCUCUUCCAUCCUAUCAUCUCUUCCCUCUGCUAAAUCCUUCUCCCUCCGAUCUCCUGAUUCUGCCUCCUCAACCCUCCUCUCCUCCCUUUCUGCAUCUUUUGACUCUCUAUGUCCCCUAUCCUCCCGGCCGGCUCGGUCCUCCCCUCCUGCUCCGUGGCUUGACGACUCAUUGCGAGCUCACAGAAGAGGGCUCCGGGCAGCCGAGCAGAAAUGGAGGAAAACUAGACUCCCUGCGGACCUGUCAUCUUUUCACUCCCUCCUCUCUACAUUCUCUUCCUCUGUUUCCGUUGCUAAAGCCACUUUCUAUCACUCUAAAUUUAAAGCCUCUGCCUCUAACCCUAGGAAGCUCUUUGCCACCUUCUCCUCCCUGCUGAAUCCUCCUCCUCCUCCCCCUCCCUCCUCCCUGUCUGUGGAUGACUUCGUCAACCAUUUUGAUAAGAAGGUUGACGACAUCCGAUCCUCAUUUAUUAAGUCAAAUGACACCGCUGGUCCUGCUCACACUGCCCUACCCUAUGCUUUGACUUCUUUCUUCCCUCUCUCUCCAGAUGAAAUCUUGCGACUUGUGACGGCCGGCCGCCCAACAACCUGCCCGCUUGAGCCUAUCCCCUCCUCUCUUCUCCAGACCAUUUCCGGAGACCUUCUCCCUUACCUCACCUCGCUCAUCAACUCAUCCUUGACCGCUGGCCAUGUCCCUUUGGUCUUCAAGAGAGCGAGAGUUGCACCCCUCUUCAAAAAACCUACACUCGAUCCGUCCGAUGUCAACAACUACAGACCAGUAUCCCUUCUUUCUUUUCUCUCCAAAACUCUUGAGCGUGCCGUCUCUAGCCAACUCUCCUGCUAUCUCUCUCAGAAUGACCUUCUUGAUCCAAACCAGUCAGGUUUCAAGACUGGUCAUUCAACUGAGACUGCUCUUCUCUGUGUCACGGAGGCUCUCCGCACUGCUAAAGCUAACUCUCUCUCCUCUUAUCCUUCUAGACCUAUCCGCUGCCUUUGAUACUGUGAACCAUCAGAUCCUCCUCGCCACCCUCUCCGAGUUGGGCAUCUCUGGCGCUGCUCACUUUUGGAUUGCGUCCUACCUGACAGGUCACUUCUACCAGGUGGCGUGGCGAGAAUCUGUCUCCGCACCACGUGCUCUCACCACUGGUGUCCCCCAGGGCUCAGUUCUAGGCCCUCUCCUAUUCUCUCUAUACACCAAGUCACUUGGCUCUGUCAUAUCCUCACAUGGUCUCUCCUAUCAUUGCUACGCAGACGACACACAAUUAAUUUUCUCCUUUCCCCCUUCUGAUAACCAGGUGGCGAAACGCAUCUCUGCAUGUCUGGCAGACAUAUCAGUGUGGAUGUCAGAUCACCACCUCAAGCUGAACCUUGACAAGACGGAGCUGCUCUUCUUCCCGGGGAAGGACUGCCCGCUCCAUGAUCUCGCCAUCACGGUUGACAACUACAUUGUGUCCUCCUCCCAGAGUGCAAAGAACCUUGGCGUGACCCUGGACAACACCCUGUCGUUCUCCGCUAACAUCAAAGCGGUGACCCGAUCCUGCAGGUUCAUGCUCUACAACAUUCGCAGAGUACGGCCCUACCUUACACAGAAAGCGGCACAGAUCCUAAUCCAGGCACUUGUCAUCUCCCGUCUGGAUUACUGCAACUUGCUGUUGGCUGGGCUCCCUGCCUGUGCCAUUAAAUCCCUACAACUAAUCCAGAACGCUGCAGCCCGUCUGGUGUUCAACCUUCCCAAGUUCUCUCAUGUCACCCCGCUCCUCCGCACACUCCACUGGCUUCCAGUUGAGGCUCGCAUCUACUACAAGACCAUGGUGCUUGCCUACGGAGCUGUGAGGGGAACGGCACCUCCUUACCUUCAGGCUCUGAUCAGACCCUACACCCAAACGAGGGCACUACGUUCAUCCACCUCUGGCCUGCUAGCUCCCCUACCUCACAGUUCCCGCUCAGCCCAGUCAAAGCUAUUUGCUGCUCUGGCACCCCAAUGGUGGAACAAGCUCCCCCACGACGCCAGGACAGCGGAGUCACUGACCACCUUCCGGAGACACUUGAAACCCUACCUCUUUAAGGAAUACCUGGAAUAGUAUAAAGUAAUCCUUCUCCCCCCCCCCCCCCCCCCCCCUAAAUGAUGUAAAUGUAAAUGUAAAUCUCUCUUGGACAAGGUGACUUUUAUCAAUAUAUUUGGUUCUAUUUACUCUCAGAUUUGAAAAUGCUAAUUAGCAUCAAAGUAGACAUCAUGCAAGACAAAAAAUCCCUGCAAGCUCCUACACGUCAUCUCUAGCUGGCACCUUUGCUAACAGGUACAUUUUAAGAAAUGUAGCCAAUUUAUUUAUUACUACAUUUAGCUAACAUUAGAUAGUUAAUCCAGAGAUUCUUACCUUUAUUUCGAGUUGGCAAUCUCGUCCAGAUCAUCAUGGCAUUUGUAGUUCUUUAUGAUAGCAACAUUAGCAGCUAAUUAGCAUUUCAUUUGUUUGGGCUAAAUACAGGCGAAUAUAGUGAUAAAAGUCACCUUGUCCGAGAGAGAUUUACAUGGUUAUGAAAAUGUCACGCCAGGAUAAGCCUACACGAAACAUAGCCCUUAUUUUAAGGGUUUCGGAAAUCCCCUAUGGGAAAACGACUGGAAAAACGACUGGAACCAUUUCCCUAUUUGCCCGCUAGGUUUUAUGGGAAGUAUGACUCAUACUGUUGUACUUUAUUGAGUUAUAUUAAUAGCCUAAAUUAUGAAUAUCCAAUCUUCUCAUCACAUUACGAAUAGUAGGCUAUCUUACAUAAGUCUGCACAUGCGAUGAUGCAUGGAAUGCUUUAUUAUAAAGUUGAAUUUUUAUGGUGAAAAUUAGCUUCUCCAAACUUGAAACUCACGCACAGCCUAUGCGGAGGACCUAAUGAGAACAAUGUCAACCUUUUGUUACUGUAACAACUAAAUAAAAAUGUCUCACUUUGUAUGUAAUCUUCUUAUUCCCUCUCUUCUUGCUUCCCUCCACUCAGAUCUCAGUGUCUAGUUCUCAGUGUUCUGCCCAGCUCUCGGCCUGCACUGGUCGACAUUGUCGGAACCUUUACCAAGAAUCUAAGCCUGAUGAUGUGUGGGAAUGUUGUCACUGUGAGUUAUCAUCUUGAAUCAUUGUACAGAGAUUGACAUCAAGGGUUGUCCUAUUGCCCGGGGAAAGUGACCUGAACAGUCGCACAAGUUGAGCCUGCUGUGAGGUUGUCCCAUUGGGCAGGUGAUUUUUUUCUUGCAGAUAACAACCAAAAUGCAAAGAAUGUUAGUCGCUGUUCUUCUGAUUCCUCCCCUGUAUGUAGGUGACAAUAGCUACUUAAUAUUUUCAGGCAAGUGAUAACAAUCUUUGGCCAACCCCAAAAUACUCCUGACUUGCCUAAUGGGCAAGUACCUUUCAGACCUUAAAGGUGCAAUAUGCAGAAAUCGCUCCACCAUCUCCUAGUUGCUAAAAUUCUAAUAGUUCACCUAAUUUCAGUUUAUGUGACAAAACAAGAAAUGUAUAGUGUAGAGAAUCAUUGUACCAUCUAAACCGCAGUGAAAUAUAUUUUCAAUAACCAAAAAUAUUGUAUUUUAAGCAUAGAAAUAGUGAACAUAGAACAUACAGUGGGGAAAAAAAGUAUUUAGUCAGCCACCAAUUGUGCAAGUUCUCCCACUUAAAAAGAUGAGAGAGGCCUGUAAUUUUCAUCAUAGGUACACGUCAACUAUGACAGACAAAAUGAGGAAAAAAAAUCCAGAAAAUCACAUUGUAGGAUUUUUAAUGAAUUUAUUUGCAAAAUAUGGUGGAAAAUAAGUAUUUGGUCAAUAAGUUUCUCAAUACUUUGUUAUAUACCCUUUGUUGGCAAUGACACAGGUCAAACGUUUUCUGUAAGUCUUCACAAGGUUUUCACACACUGUUGCUGGUAUUUUGGCCCAUUCCUCCAUGCAGAUCUCCUCUAGAGCAGUGAUGUUUUGGGGCUGUCACUGGGCAACACGGACUUUCAACUCCCUCCAAAGAUUUUCUAUGGGGUUGAGAUCUGCAGACUGGCUAGGCCACUCCAGGACCUUGAAAUGCUUCUUACGAAGCCACUCCUUCGUUGCCCGGGCGGUGUGUUUGGGAUCAUUGUCAUGCUGAAAGACCCAGCCACGUUUCAUCUUCAAUGCCCUUGCUGAUGGAAGGAGGUUUUCACUCAAAAUCUCACGAUACAUGGCCCCAUUCAUUCUUUCCUUUACACGGAUCAGUCGUCCUGGUCCCUUUGCAGAAAAACAGCCCCAAAGCAUGAUGUUUCCACCCCCAUGCUUCACAGUAGGUAUGGUGUUCUUUGGAUGCAACUCAGCAUUCUUUGUCCUCCAAACACGACGUGUUGAGUUUUUACCAAAAAGUUCUAUUUUGGUUUCAUCUGACCAUAUGACAUUCUCCCAAUCCUCUUCUGGAUCAUCCAAAUGCACUCUAGCAAACUUCAGACGGGCCUGGACAGGUACUGACUUAAGCAGGGGGACACGUCUUGCACUGCAGGAUUUGAGUCCCUGGCGGCGUAGUGUAUUACUGAUGGUAGGCUUAGUUACUUUGGUCCCAGCUCUCUGCAGGUCAUUCACUAGGUCCCCCCGUGUGGUUCUGGGAUUUUUGCUCACCGUUCUUGUGAUCAUUUUGACCCCACGGGGUGAGAUCUUGCGUGGAGCCCCAGAUCGAGGGAGAUUAUCAGUGGUCUUGUAUGUCUUCCAUUUCCUAAUAAUUGCUCCCACAGUUGAUUUCUUCAAACCAAGCUGCUUAACUAUUGCAGAUUCAGUCUUCCCAGCCUGGUGCAGGUCUACAAUUUUGUUUCUGGUGUCCUUUGACAGCUCUUUGGUCUUGGCCAUAGUGGAGUUUGGAGUGUGACUGUUUGAGGUUGUGGACAGGUGUCUUUUAUACUGAUAACAAGUUCAAACAGGUGCCAUUAAUACAGGUAACGAGUGGAGGACAGAGGAGCCUCUUAAAGAAGAAGUUACAGGUCUGUGAGAGCCAGAAAUCUUGCUUGUUUGUAGGUGACCAAAUACUUAUUUUCCACCAUAAUUUGCAAAUAAAUUCAUUAAAAAUCCUACAAUGUGAUUUUCUGGAUUAUUUUUUCUCAAUUUGUCUGUCAUAGUUGACGUGUACCUAUGAUGAAAAUUACAGGCCUCUCUCAUCUUUUUAAGUGGGAGAACUUGCACAAUUGGUGGCUGACUAAAUACUUUUUUCCCCCCACUGUAUCUACAGCUUCUUAGACUUGCUUUCAAUGAGAAUGACAGAUCUAAAACUCAAAUUUCUAUGUGAAUUUGGUCGGGUCGCCCAGAAAGUUACGUAUUGAAGGUUUAAUUAAUAAUAUAUGCCAUUUAGCAAACACUUUUAUCCACAGCGACUUACAGUCAUGCAUGCAUACAUUUUUUCAUAUGGGUGGCCCCAGCAAGAAUCAAACCGAUGACGCUUGGCAUUGCAAGCACCAUGCUCUACCAACUGAGCCACACAUGUCAAUCCCUGAUUUUGCAUUGGCUAUAUUUUAUAUUCUAUGCCAUAAACCUCACAUUCCCGCUCUCUCUCUGUCACCCUGCUGUGCCAAAAGGGAGGGCCUUCUCCCUCAGCUUUGGACGCUGCCAGUAGCAACAGUCAUGUGACCUGACUGAACAAGUGGCGGAUCAAAUCCUUCUAUCAAGGUGUGGUGGCAGAUGACCUGCACACUGGGUUUCAGAUGCUGCUCCAGGUGGGCCAAUUUCCAAGCCUUAUCUCCAUCACCGAAGCAGUGAGAUCUAGUAGAACAAUGGUCUAGAUCCAGUUCAUCAUGAGGUUCCAUACUGUAGGAUUUAAUUAAUGUGUUAUACUGUAUUCCCCCAGGGUGCAGGUUUGGUCGGAUCAGGCCAAACAUCCUCCUGAUGGGGUUCAAAAGGGAUGGCAUAAGGACAGACCAUCCUGCAUUGACAACUACAUUGGCAUUCUACAGUGAGUGAAUCACUCAAUCAAAUCAGAAAGAUUAGUUCCUUAUGGAUGUGUUAGAGUGAGAAUGCAGUUUAAUGUGUCUUCGUGGCUGUGUUUUAGUGACUAAUUUGACCUGCAGUAUGAAGUGUGUGGGCUGUGGGUGAGGGAGGGUCUAGACAUGUCUCGGCAGGCACAAGCACAUGGUGAGGAAUCCAACGAGCAUGAAGAUUUCAGGUCCUUACAUAUCAUUGCCUCUUUUUUUUGCAGUUAACCCUGUGUUUGAGGCAAGCCCAGAGAGGGGUGUCAACACCUGUGUGCACCCCUGCAAAUGUUUCAUUUAUGUAUGAUAACAUUCAGAGUAUACAGUUUGUGGUGUUUUUUUUAAUAGUAUUGACAGAGGGAUGUUGUCUUGGUUACAGUAGAUCCUGAUGCCAUGGUGACUGAGCCUCAGCUUCAUACUGUGUUUCAGUCCAAGCAGGGGGAAAAAACCAUUGAUGGUUCAAUGAUGGAGGUGAGUUUAUUGUUGUGGAUCUGAUUGUGCCUAUCCACAAAUCUCAAGAUUUACAACAUAGUCAGACUGAUAAUGUGGGGUCAUAAAUCAUGCAAUGUUGUUAAAUGUCAAGUACCACAAGUCAGAGAGAUAACAUAGGAUAGAUUAUGUCAUGGUCAUAUCAGGCAAAGGGGUCAAUGUUAUGUGUGAAAGGUAAAAGUUAAGGCUGUUGUGAUGUUGCUACUUCCCUACCUGCUCACUCGUAAGAAGCGCUGGGCAAGGUGCAAGGUACGCGUCUUUGUGGGCGGAGACAUCCAGCGAAGGGAGGAGCAAAGGAAAGAGUGAGUGUAGCAUGUUUCGGGUCAUACUGGGCAUUAGAGAUAUUAUAUCAUGUUGUCAGGAUCCCCCUUGGCCUUUCCCCUCCUUUGAAUAGUUCAACUGAGCAUGUCCUUUGUGUCCCAUUUAUAGUCAUGGCCCUUAUCGGCAAGUUCGGCCUUGGUUUCCAUGACGUCAAAGUGCUGCCUGAUAUCAAUGGAAGACCACAUUUGACAUUUUAGUCAUUUAGCAGACGCUCUUAUCCAGAGCGACUUACAGUUAGUGAGUGCAUACAUUAUUAUAAUUUUUUUCAUACUGGCCCCCCGUGGGAAUCGAACUCACAACCGUUGCAAACACCAUGCUCUACCAACUGAGCUACAUCCCACAACCUGAACAGUAUGGUUCCCUGUCACUCACUCUAUACUGUAUGAUUGUGUCUUAUUCAGCAUUGUACUGUCUUAUUCUUACGUAGGAGUUCAGUUGCACAGUGAUUAAACCCUAUGAAUUUCAUCUACGUCGAUUCACAAUUUAUGCAGGUCAAUGCUCUGUUGAGACACUUCCCUCUGCCUCUCUGACAGUGUGAGGAGGUUUGAGGAUCUGAUAGGGACCUACAAGCUGAACACCGACCAGAAGGAUGGGCAUGCGGCAGAUGAACCAGGACUGUCCCUGGGUGGUGUCUGGUGAGGAGAUGGAGAGAAAUAAGAUAAUUAACUGGGCUUCGUUGGUCCAAAGGGCAGGACCACUCCAUUGCAAAAAAUGUAGCAUAGCUAGAUGUGGAAUACAUGUUCUGGAAUUUUGACAGUAUCAUUGUUCUCUGCUUACUGUACCGCCAUGUGUGUUUUUGCUCCAGACCCUUCAACGAUUACUCUGAAUGAGGUUCUCCAAGAUUACUCAAGGAAUGCAGCCAUAAUUGUUGUGUACAUAUUUUGUCUUUACAAACCAGAUGUUUUCAUUGCAUUCAUUGACUUCAACCCACCCCAUCCCAUUACAAAGCCCAUAAAGGUGAGAGGGAUAUUGGAGUGAUAACUGAGCUAUGUUCUCUUAUUGACAGAACCAUGCCUGUGGAAAGGAGAGGGCAAUAUCCCAGUGCUCUGUGCAUGGCUUGGCUGGAGACUCUGACUCGUGA